UUUAGAAGCGUACACGUUACAAGUUCCAUAAAUUCUAAUCAAGCCAUGUCCACCCCUAACGAGGACGAGGCAGAUCGUGAUAAUGGCACUUACGCAUACCGUGAAGAAGAGGAGGAAGUGGCGCAAUAUUACACUCGACAAGGCAUUGGAUAUCAGGAUCCUCCUCAAUAUGAAGACCAUGAGGGCCAUCAGCAACCUGGAAACGCAAACCCUCCCGGCACCACCAUGGAUGAGGACGAUUUCUACUAUGGCAUGGGAGGAGAAGGCAGUGCUCCGAACCAGACAGAUGCGCCAGAAGAUGUGCCGAGCUACGAUGACCCUGAGCCUGAAGCGACUCAUGCUGCUGGCGGGGGAACCUACUUUGUUAGGGGGGGUGACGGCGCGGAAGAUGAAGAAGACCUUGUCGAGGAGGAGGAAGUCGAAGACUUCGAGGAUGAAGAAGUAUACGAAGACGAAGAUGAAUACUAGUCGGACAUCAGCCUUGAUUGAGCAAAUUUUGAAUAAAGAGCCCACUUGAUGUAGUUAUCACAGUAAUGCAGUGACAUGAAAAUGAAGAACAAGAUGGUGAAUGAUCCAAUUUACGAAUGCGGACGGUUUUGAAAUCCGGAUGUGCCUAAGCGAG